AUGGAAGUUGGUAGGGAAGAAAGAAGCAGCAAAGCAGGAGUACUUAGAGUAAGAAAAAGCAAAGAGGAAGCAGAAGACGAAGAAGCAAAGAAAAGCAAAGAGAAGAAGCAGAAGCAAGAGCAGAAAGAUGCAAAAAAGAAGAAGAAGCCGACUGGACGCUCUUCCAGGCUCUCGGAGUCAACCGAACUUAAUACGCCCUCGUCGCCUUGCUCGUUCGACAGCGGAAAAUAA